AUGAUCAUGGCAGUGAAGAUGCUGCCUGCCGUCAGCUGCUUUAUGAAGGCCAUGUUCCGACCUGCAACUCUGGGCUGUUCUUGGGAGAUUUUGCUUGGCCAUGCAACCUCACUGAGGAGCUUCUCAUUUCAAUACAAUAUUCCUCUGUCAGCCAAGUAUGGUGGACGGCACACUGUCACCAUGAUUCCUGGGGACGGCAUCGGACCUGAACUUAUGCUGCAUGUCAAGACUGUGUUCAGGUAUGCGUGCGUGCCUGUGGACUUUGAGGAGGUAAUCAUUAAUUCUACUUCCCGUGAAGAGGAUGUUCACAAUGCCAUCCUGGCAGUCCGUCGAAACCGUGUGGCCUUGAAGGGCAACAUAGAAACUGACCACAGCCUGCCACCAUCUCACCAAUCCAAGAACACCGUAUUUCGCACUGCCCUUGAUGUCUAUGCUAAUGUCAUCCAUUUUAAGAGUCUGCCAGGUGUGGAGACCCGGCAUAAGAACGUAGACAUCUUUGUUGUUCGGGAAAACACAGAGGGUGAAUACAGCAACCUGGCAUACGAGAGUGUCAAGGGAGUGAUAGAGAGCCUAAAGAUCAUUACGGAGGCCAAGUCCCUGCGUGUUGCUGAAUAUGCCUUCCAGCUGGCCCAGGAGAAGGGGCGCAAGAAAGUGACCGCUGUGCACAAGGCCAACAUCAUGAAACUGGGAGAUGGUCUCUUCCUCCACUGUUGUAGGGAGGUGGCGUCCCGCUAUCCUCAGAUCACCUUUGAAGCCAUGAUUGUGGAUACCACCACCAUGCAGCUGGUAUCCCGGCCCCAGCAGUUUGACGUCAUGGUGAUGCCCAAUCUUUAUGGCAACAUUGUCAACAAUAUUUGCACAGGGUUGGUUGGGGGGGCAGGCCUCGUACCUGGUGCCAACUAUGGCACCACGCAUGCAGUGUUUGAAACAGCUGCACGGCAGUCAGUCAAGAGCAUAGCCAAUAAGAACGUGGCAAACCCUACUGCUGUGCUGCUGGCAGGCUGUAUCAUGCUGGAUUACCUCCAGCUCCACUCCUAUUCCACCUCCAUUCGUUCUGCGGUCCUGGCAUCUCUGAAGAACAAAGGUGUCUGUACUCCAGACAUUGGAGGCAAGGGUACCACAUUGGAUGCCAUUAAUCAUAUCAUCAGCCACAUCAAAGAGGUCAAUUAA